GUGCCUCCAACAGCACCAGCGCAAGAAGGAACAGCAACAUGUCUCUGCGGCGCAGUCCACCUUGCCUUUCCCACCACUUCACCGGGUCUCGUCGCGUCCUUUGUAUGCUACUGCAUCGACUGCAGAAAAGGAGGCGCUGAAGCCGGUGUUGUUGUUAAAGACGACUUCCUAAAACAUCUCCGUGGAACGUCAAAUCUUUGUUCCUACUCACAACCUGUGUCGACCCCUUCAAGUCACGGCUCCACUACGUUCUUCUGUCAGGCUUGCGGUUCGAAUAUGUAUAGGGUCGGUACUGCGUUUCCUGGUUGCGCGAUUGUGCGGUUGGGCACGGUGGAUGAUGCACGGCUGGUCGAGGGCAGGUUGAGGCCGACGCGCGAGCUGUGUGUCAAGGAGCGGGCGAGUUGGGCGUGUGGGGUCAAAGGGGAGGAUGUGAAGAGGAGGGUGGGGUUGUUUUCAUGA